AUGGAUACGCUGGACAGACUCGUGCCGGUAUACCUGAGUAAUACGGCUCAGAAAAAUGUGGACGAGGCAGAUGCGAUCGUGAAGGAGAUCACUCAGAACGUUCAGUCAGACCAGAUCAAGCUUCUUGAGAUCGUGAAAGCGCUUGGGGAACAUCUUACGGGCGAAGAUGCAGCGCUUAGAUCCAGAUCAAUCCUCCUCCUCUCCUCCGUCCUCGCUGCACUCCCUAAUAACUUCCUUUCCCUUCAGCAUGUCGAAGUCAUGACCCAAUUCUACAGCGCACGGCUAGACGAUGAACCGAGCACCAUCGAGUUGUUGACGGGUCUUAACGCGCUGCAGCAGAUGCGUCACUUUGGUGAUGAUGAGGCGGAACAGGUCAUUGAGGCUUUGUUCUUGGAGGUUAAGGUUCAGACACAGCCCCAGGGAGCACGGUUCUUGAUUUGGGCGCUCAUUGACGGGUUGAUGACCAACCAACGAAAAGCUUUGAAGAAGAUGGGGGCUCGAUUCGUGAAGGGCCUGAUCAAGGUCAUGCAGGGAGAGAAGGAUCCACGAAACCUGAUGAUUGCCUUCUCGGUCAUGAAGGUCGUAUUGGUCGAGUGGGAGAUUGAGAAACAUGUUGAGGAGUUGUUCGACGUCACGUACUGCUACUUCCCUAUCAUGUUCAAGCCACCACCGGAUGAUCCUUAUGGCAUCACUGCGGAUGAUCUUAAACAAAGAUUAAGGGAAUGUCUUUCCGCAACCCCGCUCUUCGCUACUGAACUCAUACCCGCUCUUCUCGACAAGCUCUCCUCCACGUCGCCUUCGGUGAAGAAGGAUACUCUCCUCACACUUCUCGCUUGCAGCAACAACUUUGGCCCCCGUGUCAUUGCGUCUCAUUCUAUCACCAUCUGGGACGCAGUCAAGUACGAAGUCACACACGCCGAUGACGAGCACGUCGCCGAGGUCGCGUUGGAGUUGAUCGCGGGAUUGACGAAGUGUUUGAGUCAGGGUGUCACGGAGUUGACAAGGUUGAGUUCCUUGACGAGAUACUUGAAAAAUGUAACAGCGUACUGCGCGGAGGAGCUGAAAGAUCCGGGUCUCAAGCGUGCUAGGCCAGCGGGAAGGAUAUUGGCUGCCUGCGCGGGUGCUUCACACCCAGCGAAUCAAGCCGUUGUCGAGGCGGCUGUGCCUAAUCUCUUGGUGAUGUACGCCGAGUCUGGCGAGAUUGCGAAGCAGGCUGCGAUCUUGGCUGUGCUCAUCGGCCUGAUGGAUUCUGCCGGGGUGUUGUAUGGCUACCGCACCGACAGUGAGGCCGCCCCCGAGGAUGCCUCGAAGAACCCACAACUGGCGUUCAAGGAGAGGUACUUCCAUUACUUCGGUAAGGCUCUCAUGGGUACUGCGCCAGGUGAGGUCGGUCUCCGUAAGGUCGCCAUGAAGGGUCUCUCCCGCAUGGCUCGUCUGAGAGACUUCCUGGAUGAUGGUGAGAUCGGGUUGGUCGUUCAAUAUCUGGAUGGUAUCGUCAUCGAGAUCGAGGAUGGCGAGGGCAGUGCGGAUGUUGCGAAGGAGGCGUUGAGCGUGUUGGAGGAGAUUACGACGUUCAGGCCGGAGUUGAUCUUGGAUAUCACGUUUCCGGCGUUCAUGGCUCAGUUGCCUGAUACUGACGCUGAUACUGAGGGCGCGAGUAAGCCAAAGAAGCACUAUAAGGUUAUCUUGGCUGCGUUGGCGCAGUUGAGUUCGCCGAGGGCGUUGUUUGAGGUGUUGUUGACGAGGUUGCUCAAUAAGCUCGAGGUGAUCAUUAAGAAUGGGACUUCAUCUGUUGUGUACCCGCAGAUUGUGCUUAGUACCAUUUUGUUGGUUCUGAGGAAGAAGUCCACGGAAGGGGCCGCUGAUCUCCCGACGUAUUUCGAUCGGUUGGUGCCGACGUUGUUGACGAAGACUCUUGUACCCUUCGUGCAGUCAGGGAAUGAGCAGCUGCCUAUGAUGUGCAGGCCGGAGAUCUUGAAGGUGUCAUCGCAGAUUAUCAAUAUCGUGUUCCGUUCUUUGAAUACGCAGAAGCAGGAAAGUGUCGUCAAAGAGUUGUUCGCGAUUUUCGUCGACGGUCAGCAAAGUCAGCUCAUUGCGUCCGACAACCAGGUCGUUGCCGAGAAGUUCCCGAAGCUUCACGAGCCGGGACAGGCUAACACCAUCAUCCUCUUUACCGCGGCUAUCUCGAGUUUGCGCAAGGAGGUCAAGUUGCCGGUCGACGAUCUCGAGAAGUUCUUGUCUGUGCUCGUCCAGCAGGUUGAGACUACAUCCAGCGAGUUGACCAAGAUCUCGCUCUUGAAGCUCAUCGCAAGCAUCGUCAACAAAUCCUCCGACGAAAGCUUACUCAACAAGGUCAUGUCUGGCGAAGUGAACAAAGCCCUCCAAACCAUCAAAACUGGCGACGCACCCUCCCGCCGCCGAGCCCUCGAUACCCUCCUCUGGAUCGGGAAAGCCUUCGUCGCGAAAACUCACAAAUCCGGCACAAAGAUUACCUCCGACCUCAUCGAUCUCUUGGUCGAUCCUCUGAUUGGGAGUUCCGUCGCAAACGGGUUUGGGGUGUUGAUCGGUGACGACGAAACCCUUUCCAAGGAAAACCACGCCACGAUCCGUCUUCUCCAAAAACAGCGGUUCUUCAGCUUCGCCAUGCCCGAGCUCAUGUCGCGCUUUAAGUCCGCACAAGCCGGAGACAAAUCGAGUUAUCUGGUGGCUGUGACGAAUAUUAUUAGGCAUGUCCCCAAGCAGGUCUUGUUGCCUGAUUUACCGGGAUUGUUGCCGGUCUUGAUUCAGGCCUUGGGAUUGGUUGAUCCGGAGUUAAAGGGGUCAGCUAUCGACACGCUCUACGUCACGAUCCUCGACGCCUCUCAAACUGUCUCCGAGCAUCUCUCCACGCUCGUUCCUUUACUCAUGGAAUCCGCGAUGGUAAGCGAGGUUAACACGAUGAGGGUACGGAUAUCUACACUGAGGUGUUUGAGUGUUUUCCCGUCGAGUUUUAGGAGGGAAAUGUUGCAACCGUUUAAGAAUGAGGUUAUUAUGAGGUUGGGGAGGGUUCUUGAGGAUCCGAAGAGGGUUGUGAGGAAGGAGGCUGUGGAUUGUCGGCAUAAGUGGUAUUCUAUGUAG